AAAUACUAGCUUCCAAGAGCAGCACCGAAACACACACACCACCACCAACCACCCCAGGGACACAGACAAAGAUACACUCACACAUAGAGAGACAAGGGACUGCUGCACUUCGCCAGAGAGAGACAAGACACAAGAGACUCAGGACCUAUAGAGAGCACUACUCCCAGGAGAACACUAGAGGAACCAGCGGAACUUGAGAACUUCAGAGAACUUUCUGAGCGCUUGUGAGAACAUGGUGUCGGCAGGGCUUCAGAUUGGCGGCACGGCGCUCGGCAUCUUGGGAUGGAUUGGUGCCAUCGUCGUGUGCGCACUCCCCAUGUGGCGCGUCACUGCCUUCAUCGGCAACAACAUUGUCACAGCCCAGACCAGCUGGGAGGGCAUCUGGAUGAGCUGUGUGGUGCAGAGCACGGGACAGAUGCAGUGCAAGGUGUACGACUCCAUGUUGGCGCUGUCAUCAGACCUCCAGGCGGCUCGGGCCCUCUGCAUCAUCGGCAUCCUGGUGGGCAUUGUCGCCAUCCUGUUGGCCAUCGCCGGGGGCAAGUGCACCAACUGUGUGGAGGACGAGAACGCCAAGGCUAAGGUCGGCAUCGCGUCGGGCGUGGCGUUCCUGAUUGCGGGCGUGCUGGUGCUCGUGCCCGUGUGCUGGACGGCCAACACCAUCAUCCGCGAGUUCUACAACCCCCUGGUGGUGAGCGCGCAGAAGCGCGAGCUGGGUGCGGCACUGUACAUCGGCUGGGGCGCCGCUGCGCUGCUCAUCAUCGGAGGCGGGCUGCUCUGUGCCAACUGUCCAAAGAAGGACAACUACUCAGCCAAGUACUCUGCAGCACGCUCCGCCGGGUCCAAGGACUACGUCUGAGGAGGAGAAGAGGGGAGAGGCGAAAGGAGAGAAGAGCGUAGAGAUUUGUAAAAUAGUAAAAGGACUGUAUAACUAAUCUGAGGAGGACAAGAGGCCAGGUGGAGAGAGGAGGGGUAUGUAAAAUAGUAAAAGACUACGUUUGUCAAAGAGAGAGGUGACAAAAGGAAAAGAAUUGUAACAUACAUUUAUGUAAGAGAGGAGAGGUGAAGUGAGAGGAGGAGAUAUGUAAAAACUAUGGACACAUUUUAAAAAAGAGAUGGCCUAAGUCAAAGAAAGAGAUGUGCACAGGGGAGAAAAAGGGAGUUAUGUAAAAGUGUUGAAAAAGAAAAAGUCUCGGCUUUGUACGAGGAAAGUUCACCAGUGACUGCCCUUUAUUGUUGCCACAUUUCAGUGUGUGUCUGCGGUUUGAAAGGCUUUUGUAACGGCUCAGGAGGAAAGAAUGCAGUGGGUGGGGUAAGGGAUGAGAAAGGGGCCCCUCUACCUAUUCCUGGGUACGCCAGGUGGAACACAAGCACCCUACCUGCAUCAGGGUGGGUGGAGCCUACUGUAUGCCUAUUGCCUAUGCUGUAGCGGUCUAUCUGCGUCAGGAUGGGAUCCCGGGUGGGGCCUAUGCCUCUUACCUGUGCUCUUCCUCUGUCUCACCUGUGCGUUGCAUUAGGCUGAGACGUAAGGCUGUUACUGUACCUGUGUCUACCUGCAUCAGGGUGGGACCCAGGGUCCUUUGUGCAUGGCUUUACCUGGGUGUGCACACUGACAUCAGGGCAUACCCACACCCAUCUGGUGAACAAGACUAACCACGAGCGUCAGCCAUUCAACUGUCAGAUGCACACAUUCAUUCAUUUCGUUACAGUUUAUUAAUGCUUCUUUUGUUAUUGUUGCAUGAGUUUGUUAUGCUUUUGUAUGUUUGUACCGUAUCUUGUAAAUUCUGUUACAAAAAAUCUGUUAUUUUUUAAAAAACGUUUAAGUUGUUAAAGUUUCAAAAAUAAACA